AUGUCGGGUUAAUCUAAAUAUCGAACUCUGUGGGAGCAAUAUUAUGAUGAAUCUGAAGCAAUAAUAUUCGUAGUGGACUCUGCUGAUAGGUUAAGAAUACAAGUUGCGAAAAAUGAACUUGACAUGCUUCUAGAUCAUCCAUGUAUUUUCUAGACAUUCCUAAUAAAUUAUUACAAAAUAGCAAUUAGAAAAAGGGAGGUACCGAUACUUUUCUUUGCCAAUAAGAUGGAUUUAGCAAUGGCUAUGAAUGAAUAAGAAGUGGCGAAAGAGAUGCAACUAGAGUAGAUAACUGAUAGGGCUUGGCACAUUCAAGCAAGUAAUGCAAUUGAAGGUAACGGAAUCGCAGAUGGAAUUAAUUGGCUCUCAGAGAUUAUUAAGAGAAACAAGAAGUGA